AUGUACUUGGAUAGCAAUGAGUUGACUGGAGUUAUCCCAAAUACAAUUGGAAAGUUAAAAAAUCUCGAACGUAUAUAUCUGGAAUACAAUAGACUGGAAGGGUAUAUCCCAACUGAUAUUUGCCAGUUAAGUAAGCUGGGGGAUAUCUACAUUAGUCACAACAUGAUCCGUGGAGCCAUACCAGCAUGUUUUGGUGAACUCAAAUCACUACAGAGAGUUUUCUUGGAUUCAAACAAUUUGACAUCUACCAUUCCAUUGAACUUUUGGAACCUGAAUGACCUUGUAGGUUUGAACUUAUCCACAAACUCUUUCAAAGGCUAUUUACCAUCAGAGAUCUCUAAUCUGAAGGUUGCAACAGACGUGGACUUAUCAUGGAAUCAAUUUUCAGGAGAUAUCCCCAGCAUAAUAGGCAGGGCGCAAUCAAUAGUUUACCUUUCUUUGGCACAUAAUAGAUUGCAAGGUACUAUUCCUGAAUCUUUGAGUAACUUGAUAAGCUUAGAGACAUUAGAUUUGUCGUCCAACAACUUGUCCGGAAUGAUUCCAAAGUCUCUCGAGGCAUUGAGGUAUCUCCGACACUUCAAUGUCUCUGUGAAUGAAUUGGAAGGAGAAAUUCCAUCAGGUGGAUGUUUUUCAAAUUUCAGUGCUGAAUCUUUUAGGCAAAAUCCUGAGCUAUGUGGAGUAGCUCGGCUGCAUGUUCUGCCCUGCCGGACAAAACAUUCCAAGUCAAAAAGUGUUUCAUCUUUGAUUAAAUAUGUUGUUCCCCCUCUCUUGUCAACAAUUCUCAUGGUGACUGUUGUACUUAUAUUGAUAAGAAAACGGAACCAAUACGUAAAGAUGAAAAUGGAGGAAUCACAGCUUGCUGCAAUUCUUUCACCUAAUGCAUACUUGAGAAAUGUUUCAUAUCUUGAACUUGGAAGUUACGGUUCAGUUUAUCGAGGGGAACUCAACGAUGGAACAGAUGUAGCUGUAAAAGUUUUUAACUCAUUGACAGAAGAAGCAACCAAGAGUUUCUAUGCUGAAUGUAAGAUAUUGAGCAAUAUCCGUCACCGAAACCUUACAAAAAUCCUUAGUUGUUGUAGUACCACAGACUUCAAAGCUCUUGUAUUAGAUUACAUGCCAAAUGGUAAUCUUGAGAGGUGGUUACAUUCCCAAGAUUAUUGUUUAAGUAUGCUUCAGAGAUUGAACAUAGCAAUAGAUAUUGCUUCAGCUUUAGAAUAUCUUCAUUGUGGUCUAACAACUCCUAUUGUACACUGUGACCUGAAGCCUAACAAUAUCUUAUUAGAUGAAGAUAUGACUGCACAUCUUUGCGAUUUCGGGAUCGCAAAAAUUUUUGAGCAAGACAUGCAUAUGGCUCAAACCAAGACACUAGCCACCAUUGGUUAUAUGGCACCAGAGUAUGGAACUCAUGGGAUAGUUUCAACAAGUGGAGAUAUCUACAGCUAUGGCAUUAUAUUGUUGGAAAUGUUUACAGGAAAAAAACCAACUGAUGAUAUAUUCGGGGAAACAAUGAACUUGAAAUGUUUCGUGGGCGAAAGCUUAUGUAGAAAAUCUUUAAUGGAAGUUCUGGAUUCUGAUUUGAUUAGAGAUGUUGAACAGUUCUCUGAAGUAGUACAACAGUUUGUGUCAUCUAUCUUUUGUUUGGGAUUGGAAUGUCUGAAAGAUUGUCCUGAAGACAGAAUGAGCAUUAGUAAUAUUGUGGAUAGCCUUAGAAAAGCUAAAAUUGAAUAUUUAGCAAUUAGAGGAAAGGCAGAAAAGGUGGUGUAA